AUGUCAAAUCUCUUUCAAUUAUUUUCCGUGAUGCCUGAACCAACUGAAGCCAUGAUCGAAGAAGCAAAAAUUGACUACGCUCUUCGACUUUAUCACUAUACUCAACUACAACUUGAAAGAAUGAAAUUCAAGAAAAAUCAACUUUUUCAUCAUUCUUCUUCCGUUACUCGAAAACGAUCUCACAUUAAUAAUUUUUUAAAUAAUAAACGUUCGAAUAAUAAUAUUUCAUCUUUGUUAGUUAUUGAUAGAAUAUGA